GGUGAUGAGACCCUCCUGGUGCCUCUCCAUGCCUACCCAGCCACCGAUCUCCAGGACUUUCCAUCUCACGUGGACCUGCGUGCGGCAUCUCUGGGUCAGAGGAAAAGUAUCUCCGUCCAUUGCCUGCCAAUCAGAACAGAACGCCUCGUCUGUCCUGGUAAGAAAACGCGUCAGGAGAAGGAGACUUUGUUCCAGCAAGUUGUGCAGCAGAAUGCGGCGGAGGAAGAGGCCAAUCAGCUGCGAUGGCAGAUCCAUCGCGGCGGCGACCCCGUGACCCCAAAACAACGUCAACGGAUUGCUGACGAUCGUCGGAACGCUGAGGAAGAAUACCAGGUGACGAGCGGCCGCCCGGACCUCCAGAGAGAAUACAAGCGGCAGUCUGUGUGCACCUCGUCCCAGCGGGUGUUGCGGCGAGCAGAACAUCAUCUCAGGGUUCAGCCGCAGUUUGACCUCUAUCUGAACGAGCUGUGGGCCAAUAGGAACCGAGCAUUGCGGCGUUUUCAGCAGGCCGCCCGCAAGGUUCUGAUUCGCUGCAGAGUAAAUCGCAGGUUGGGGCGUCUGAGGAAAUUGCUGCAACGACUUCGGGCGGAGCGCGGGGGAGACGGGACGUUUGGUAAGGGGCGGGGACACCAUUCCGGAUGUGACGUAAUGAUUGGUGUAGGCGGGUCACAUGGGACUCUUUAUCUCACACAGAGAGCAGUGAUGAAGAAAUGA